AAACUAUGUUUCUUUUUCUUCCUUAUAUAUUGAAGAUUUUUUCUGCUGCUCUCUGUCUUACUUCACAAGAAAACAAAUAUUGUAAAAGGAGAGUCCUUCUUCAAAGAAAAGAACAUUCCUCAUUUUCGUCUUCACGAUUGAACCGUUGAUUCCAAACAAUGUCAUUACUGUAUUCUUUCAAUUUCUAAGCUCUUAGUUUGUUUAACAAUGUCUGCUAUUAGGUUUUCUCAUGUAAAGUCUCUUCAUAGUUCAAUCAAGGGUUUUUCCAAUUUCAAUGUCCAAAAUUAUCACUCUAACCCUAAUGGGUCAUUGAAUCUUGCAAGAAUUUCAAGUUUUUGUACUGAUUUCUCGAGCCGUGGUUAUUCAAAAAAUGGGUUUAAGUCACCUAAGAUGUUUGCUGAGACUGAGUUUAGAAAUUUGGGUUCUUUAUCAGGUCAUAGGGGUUUCAAAUUCAAUGCUGCAUUUGAAACCCAAGGGUUUAGUUCACCUAGGGUAUGUUUCAGUGUUGUUAAUAUUCCCUUUGCUUCGAAUUCGAUGAUGACCAAUGGGUUGAGUUCCCGAAUGUAUUCAUCGGGUCUGGGAGGGGAAGGAAGUAAGAAUGGUGAAACAGAAGUGGGUGUUGGGACUGGUGUGAGUGAUGUGAAGGGUGGGGGUGGUGGUGAUUCGUUUGUUUCGGGUGAUUUGGUUGAUAGGAUGAAAGAUACAUGGAAGAGUGUUGUUGAGGCAGUUUCAUAUGCUGGUGAUAAGGUUAAAGAAGGUUCUGACGGUGUUACUCCAUAUGCUCAACAAUUUCUCGAUUCACAUCCUUAUCUUAACAUGGUGGUUGUUCCGGUUGGUGGUACUUUAACUGCUACUCUAGUAGCUUGGUUCAUCUUACCGAGGAUUUUGAGGAAAUUUCACAAAUAUGGAAUGCAAAGUCCGGUUUCUCUGUUUCAAGUAAGCUUGUCAGGGGAGCCAGUUCCUUAUGAGAAAAGCUUUUGGGGUGCUAUGGAAGACCCGGUGCGAUAUUUGGUUACCUUCUUGGCAUUCUCACAAAUUGCUGCAAUGGUAGCUCCAACAGCUAUAGCAUCGCAAUAUCUUGUACCCACUUGGAGGGGUGCAGUGAUUCUUUCAUUUGUAUGGUUUUUGCAUAGAUGGAAAACAAAUGUUUUUGCACGGACGUUGACUAGUCAAAGCGUACUUGGACUUGAUAGGGAGAAAAUGCUUGCUCUAGACAAAAUCUCAUCUAUUGGUCUAUUUGUGAUUGGUAUAAUGGCUUUGGCUGAGGCUUGUGGUGUGGCUGUGCAAUCUAUUGUAACAGUUGGUGGUGUAGGAGGAGUUGCUACUGCUUUUGCUGCCAGAGACGUACUUGGCAAUGUGUUCAGCGGUUUAUCCAUGCAGUUUUCUAAGCCCUUCUCAAUUGGAGAUACAAUAAAAGCUGGAUCGAUAGAGGGUCAAGUGGUGGAAAUUGGUCUUACUAGCACAUCAUUGCUAAGCCCCGAGAAGUUCCCAAUCAUUGUGCCGAACUCAUUUUUUUCUAGCCAGGUAAUUGUGAACAAGUCCCGUGCCGAAUAUCGUGCCAUUCUUACCAAAAUCCCUCUUCAAACUGAGGAUUUCAGUAAGAUUCCCCAUAUAGCGAAUGAUGUAAAAGGCAUGUUAACAUCAAAUGCAAAAGUUUUCUUAGAAAAAGAUGUUCCCUGCUGUUUCUUGUCACGCAUAGAAAGUAAAUAUGCAGAAUUGACUCUUGGAUACAACCUCAAGAACAUGCGCAAAGAUGAGCUGUACUCUGCAGAACAAGAUAUUCUCCUGCAAGCAGUUCAGAUCAUUAAGAAUCAUGGUGUUGCUCUUGGAAGCACAUGGAAUGACACUAAGUAACAUACAACACAAGGACAAUUUUUUGGAUGCUUGAUGUCAAGAUGUGUUAAGCUUUAGUUUUAAAAUGUACAAAGUCUGCAGAUAUAUUAAGUAGGCAUCAUUUGCAGCCAAAGCAAUUUUCUAACGUCAGUUGGAUCUGUUUAGUUGGAUAUCAUUUGGCUUCAAAUUUUUUUAUUUUGAUUUACUGAAUGAUAUAAAAAGUUAUACAGUUAUGAGCAAGUUAUGUGAGCACAAAGUCUACCAGAUGAGUUAAAGUUGGAGUUCAGGAA